GCGUAGGGAUCAUCACCUUAACGUCUGAAGAGGUAGACACACACACCUUACCUUUGCAAAUAACGUACGCGGUACGCAAAUACCCUAGCUCCACACACACACAUAUAUAUUGAAGUAGUAGUAGUAGUUCGACAGAGCAACAGCAAACAAGCAAACAAGCAGCAAACACCAAAGGCCUAUUGUGUGCCACGUGAGGCAUGUUUCGUCGCACGUCGUUGUUUCUGCGCGUGACGGGCGUUCUGCAGCUCAGCGGCGUCGCAAAAGCUCGGGCCAGCUCCUUUCAUCCCUUCUCCCAAAAGGAUGAAGACGACCUCCUGCAGGUGGUCAAGACGAAGCCGAGACACGUGCUCAAGCAUGUCCGACAGCAGGUCUGGCGUUCACGCAAGCGUGAGCUCUACUUCCGGAACACGGUCACGCAGCUCAUGAUUAUCUUGCAGGAGUUCCUCCGUAAGCAACUCAUCGACCCCGCGUACGCGUCGCAGAUUAUGGAAGGCAUAUUAGAGGAGUGCGUCAAGUACGCACAACAUGACAUGGCUCACCUGCUGUUCCGAGCCUUUCUGCGCUUCCGCAAGUACGGCUGCGUCAUGACGGUGAACUCCAUCCGCUACCUAUUUGAGUCAUACCGGGACAACAACAGCUCGGAUCUGAUGCUGCAGCUCGCCCAGGAGAUGAAGGAUGUGGAGGGGUUGCGACCGCUGUGCAUUGCGGCGUUCCUCUUCGCGAACCACGAGGCGGACGCCGACGCCUUGCGCGAGGGCGUGUCGUUGGAGGCGCUUGGCAAAGAUGACUUACUGGCGCUCAUCUCCGGCUAUGAGAAGCUGCAGCGCGUGGAGAAACUGCGGGAGAUUGUGGAGGUGGUACCACAGGUCGACCCGCCCGAGUCCCGCGCUGAGGUGUGCGCUGCGCUCUUCCGCGCCUUCUUUAAGCUCGACACCGACGAAGCCUUCACCGCGACGCUGCGGGCGGCGGUGGAGCACAAGGUGCCGCUCUCGCCGGAGAUGUGCGCCACCAUUUUGCGGCAUAGAAUGCGCCACGUCGCGAGUGUGGAGGAGGUUGCAGCGAUCGAGGAAGAGCUGAAGGAGUUGGGCUACGUCCCGGACGCCACGUGCAACUCGAUUGUGAUCACCGCCUACGCGCGUCUUCUCCACUUUGGCGAUCGCGGGAGUGAGGAGCUGAUGCUCUCCAAGGUCGAUACCCUCCUCUCCUCCAUCGAGUCGCGGCUGAAGCAGGGAGACCCGGAUAUGGACAUUAGCGCGGCGCACAUCCGCGCUGUCAUCCGCGGCUACGGCGCAGCAGGGCGGCCGGAGUCGAUCAAGGAUGCGUGGCAGCGCAUGCAGUUCCGCCCUUUGACAAACGACGUGCGCAUCUACAAUGAGCUGUUCAAGUGGUUCGCGCUCAUGGGCAACGUGAAAGAGGUUCUCGCUUUAAAGCGGGAGAUGGAGAGCAACGGCGUGAACCCCGACGCGGUGACCUACACGUGGAUUUUCCGCUCGCUGGGCAAGUACUACCCGCGGCACGUGGAGGAGUACUACAAAGAACUGCAGGAGCGCCGCGUGCGGCUGGACGUUCACCUCUACACGACGCUGAUCGGAAUUUUUGGUGACUUGGGCCAGAUGGACACCGUCGAGGCACUGCACGGGGAGAUGCGCAAGCGCGAGGAGGCCGGCACCCUGCAGUUCACGUCCAUCGCCUUUGCCGUGUUAAUUCGCGUGCACGGCCGCGACCUGGAGAAGGCCAAAGCCCUCUACGCGGAGGCUCAGAAGCGCAACCUGAGCGAACACCCCCACGUCCAAACGAGCAUGCUGCACGCCCUGGCGAUGAACAAGGAGAGCACCCCGGACGACGUGGACGCCUUCGUGAAGACGAUUUCGUCGUGGAGCACCGACGUGUACAACGUGCUGCUGCACACCUACGCGAAGCGCAUGGACCGUACUCGCUUCGACGCCACGCUGGAGAAGAUGAAGUCGGAGACGGUCGAGAUGAACGACGUCACGUUCGGCACCCUCAUCACCGCCUUUGCCCGUUGGGGAGAGGAGGAGAAGGUGAACGAGGUCAUUGGACUGCUCAAGUCGCACGAGGGUGAGAUUUCCGCCACCUUCUACUCCGUGCUCGCCUCCUCGCUGAAUCGUAUGGGCAACCAGGAAGGCGUCGCGAACGCCUGGGAGGACCUCGUCGCGUCCCGCCUGUUCCCCGACACGGAGGUGUACAACCAGUUCCUCUCCCUCUACAGCCGGCAGCACAACGUGUCCAAGAUGCAAGGAGUGCUGGACAACAUGAUGAAGCAGGUGCCGCCGAACCCCGUGACGGCCACGACGGUGCUGGACAUGCUGGGCAAGUCGGGCCGUAUGUCUGAGAUGGAGUCGCUGUUCGACGACAUGAAGUCCACGCCGGACACCGCCCCGACAUCGGUCACCUUCCACCAGGUCAUGAACGCCUACGCCAAGACCGGCGACGUGGUGAAGAUGGAGAAGGUGUACGAGGAGUUUCUAGAAAAGGGCUACGCCGCCAACAACGUCACGUACAACAUCAUCAUGGACGGCUACGGGCGGGCGAAAGGCUACGAGCAGUUGGAGGAGCUGCGAGAGAAGCGGGAGGCGGCUGGCAUAGCAAUGGACGACAUCGCGUACUGUAUUAUGAUCUCCGCCUACGGACGGGCGCGUGCCGAGAAAGAGGUCCAGCGUCUCUUCGACGAGGUCACGAAGGAGGAGCAUCGGCCCCUCCUGACAAAGCGCGUUUUGUGGUCCGCCAUCGACGCCUUCUGCCGCUGCGGCAGUGCCGACGGUAUGCAGAAGUGCGUGGAGCUGCUGCGCACGGUGAAUACAGGAGCGGAGGAGGAGCUCAGUGCGACCGACCUCUGCGGCCUCAUCCCGUACUACUGCCGCAUGGGCCAAAUGGACACCGUCGAGGAGCUCGUGAAGCGCGUCCGCGAAGGGAACGAAAAAGCGGAGGUGACGUACAACGCGUUGAACGCGAUUGCUCGCGGCUACGCCCGCACCGGCCGCUUCGACAAGGCUGUCGGCUGUCUGCACGAGAUGCGUGACAAAAACUGGGUGCCCGACGCGUCGACGGCACUGCAGCUGUCUGGGGCGUUCUUAAAGGCUGGGCUGCACGAGCAGGCGCAGCAGAUUAUCGAGUGGCGUCGGCACUACGCCAAGGUGGCGGGGGGUGCAACUCCCAGUGUUGAAUCGGGAGAGAGCUAG